GGUUGGUAGACAGUAUCGAAACUUCAAUUGAGUUCCCAUCCUAACCUCUUGUUUUUCGCGCUCAGUUAUUGUUCGAUUAUCGCAAAACUAAAAUUUUAUAACUGGAUUUAAACUAAUUAUGGCAGAAAAUCAAAAUUCCGAUGUUGAUAAAGAAACAGAACUCACCAUGUGUGAUGUUCUCGAAGAAGAAAAGGAACUUGAAAAUGAUGCUAACGCCGUACUUGGCGGUAGUGAUGACAAAAAUUGCUCCUACGACCAAGGAUAUGUGCCGCGACAAGCGUUAUAUGCUUGCAAGAGCUGUACAGUUGAUGGUUUCGCUGGAAUCUGUCUGGCUUGCUGUUACGCUUGUCACGAUGGCCACGAAGUUGUAGAAUUGUACACGAAACGCAAUUUUCGAUGCGAUUGCGGCAACUCGAAAUUCACCAAUAGCGACUGCGUUUUAAACCCGAACAAACAGACUGUUAAUUCUAAUAACAAAUACAACCAGAACUUCAAAGGCCUCUACUGUAUUUGCAGUCGACCUUAUCCUGACUUGGAAGAUAGUGUUCCCGACGAGAUGAUCCAGUGUGUGGUGUGCGAGGACUGGUAUCAUGGACGACACUUGUCUGUUGAGGCUCCCGACGAUUACUUCGAAAUGAUUUGCGGCAAGUGCAUGGAUUCGCAUCCUUUCUUGUUUUCUUACUUAAGCAAAUAUGAUCCUGUCAUUGAUGUGGUCGAAACAAAGAACGAUCAGCAGCCACCCACUGAUUCCAUUGCACAGAAAGAGGAAGCUGCAAAAGAUUCAGCAUCGUGCUUACUGAAAAAGCUUGAAGGAGGGAAUGUGAAGAAAGCUGGAGCUGCAUUUUGGCCGGAGAACUGGCGUAAAAACCUCUGCCGUUGCUCAGAAUGCAUGAAUUUGUAUCGUAGUGCAGAUUGUGAAUUUCUUUUAAAUCUCGAUGACACCAUUCAAGCGUAUGAAGAAAAGGGAAAAGGAGGAGAGAAUGGUGAGAGUCAGUAUGACAAGGGACUGUCUGCUUUGGGUCAACUGGAUAGAGUCAAACAGAUGGAGGCUAUUCGUGCAUACACUAGCAUGAAAGGACAGCUGAAAGAAUACCUCAAAGAGUUUGCGGAUAACAAAAAAACAGUAAGGGAAUGUGAUAUAAAAGAAUUUUUUGAAAGAAUUGGAAAGAAGCAGAAGCUCAAUAAUGGUGUACCGCAUUUUUGUCGUUGAUGUAUUAUAUUUUUUUAAAUUUACCUAAUCAAUUUCGAUAGAAUCUAUACUUUUUAUUGUUAGUCUCUGAAUGGUGAAUGUUAUAUUGCCCAUCUUCUUUCAAUUAGCUGAUUCUUCUGAAUGAUAAGUUUUUCAAUGUAUGAGUAUGACUAAGGUUUUAAUUAUCUUACAUUUGAAUUUUUUUUUUACUUAGCAAAGCAUGUUAUUUUAUUUCUUCUGUGUAUGAUAAAGUUUUGACUUUAUUUUCGGAUUUUUAAAAUUUUUUCUGACAGGAAUUUGGAUCAAUUGGUUUUAUAUCAACAUCUGUUAUUGAAGCUUUUAGAUUUUUGUGUUAAUUGUGAUUGAAAAAUGUCAAAUAAAAAACAAUUUUUACCAUUU